AUGGCUGAUCGACGGAGAAUUAAUGGACCGCCUGGUAUCACAUUACCGCCCGUUUACGAGACCACGGAUGCAAUUACGACCCCCAGGGAAAGACCGGCAAAUGGAAUUCGAGGAUUGUUUCUCAAGACUGGCGUCACCCCCACAGCCUCAGGCUCAGCAUACAUGGAGAUUGAGCCGCCACUUGGCCAGGUCAAAUCUCAGGCCAAUUCUCAGUCAAAGACCAACGGCAUGAAGCUCAUCUGCACUGUCCAUGGGCCUCGCUCACUUCCUCGUUCCGCACCCUUCUCGCCUUAUUUGGUGCUCUCAACUCACGUCAAAUACGCUCCCUUCGCCACACGUCGACGCCGAGGCUACCUUCGUGAUUCGAGUGAGAGAGAUCUCAGCGUUCACCUCGACACUGCCCUACGUGGCGUCAUCAUUGCGGACAGAUGGCCAAAGAGCGGCGUCGAUGUGAUUGUCACCAUUAUCGAAGGUGACCAGGAGCGAGAGGCAUCGCAUUCUCAAGGCAACGAAGAGUGGGAUAUGAUGAACGUUCUCAGUGGCUGCAUCACUGUUGCUGCGGCGGCUCUGGCUGAUGCUGGCAUCGAUUGUGUCGACAUGGUUACUGGCGGUGUUGCUGCUCUUGUCUCCUCGAACGAACAAGACACCAAAGAUGCAGACGCGCUGUCUGUUGUCUUGGACCCCGUUUCUCUGGAACACGACAAGAUUCUUGCCGCUUGCUGUGUUGCUUACCUUCCUUGUCGCGCCGAGAUCACCAACCUCUGGGUGAAGGGCCAGCUUUCGCCGUUGGACCCUUUGCUCCAUACGAAACUCAUGGGUCGCGCUAUUCAAGCCUCGAAGGGCAACUAUCGCGCCGUUCUUGAGAGGCUCGAAAGCGACCAGCCGCCCAGCAGUUAA